AGAGUGAGAGAGAGAGAGAGAGAGAGAGAAGUGAGUGAGCUCCUCUCUGGUGAUGGCAUUCAGUCCCAAUGCGGGCAGCUGAGCAGGGGAAAAAGCUUUUUUGCUGCGCUGCUGUGUAAGGACUUACUUCCAUGCAAACGGAUUACUCUCACCUGGAGCACAGGGACCACCAUACAACGGGUACAAGAUGCGGUCGAAAAACAAGGCCGGCACAGAGAGCCAAACUAAUGGCGUGCUGGUGGUGCCCUGUGGGCCUAACGACAUCGCUCAGGAAGAGCCGAGCAAAGGAAAUGCCCCCAGCAAGAGCAAGAGGCACAAGAGCAAACAGAAGAAUGCCAACGCUGAGAAGGAGAUCUCAGGAAAUGAAGAGAAGAUUGAAGAGAAAACGGAAGAGAAGCCCAUAGAAAAUGGUGAUGAGCCCAUAGAAAAUGGUGAUCAGCCUAUUGAAAAUGGUGGUUUGCCCACAGAAAAUGGUGAUCAGCCCACUGGAAAUGGUGAUCAAUCCAUUGAAAAUGGUGUUCAGCCCACUGUAAAUGGUGAUCAACCCAUAGAAAAUGGUAAUCAACCCAGUCUUGGACUGAAGGACUUGUCUAAGGAGGACCUUCUUGCACUUCUCGGGGUCAUGGAAGGAGAAGUUCAGGCACGUGAGGAUGUUAUCCGCGUGCUGCACUCUCAGCAGGGUGGAGCGGGACCAUCAACAGCAGCAACAGCAGCAACAGCAGCAGGAGCUGAAGCAGUUCUGGAGGCUCGCUAUGGCUCUGCAGACCCGACCAAAGCCCUGCAGGCCCUGCAGAGGGACGCCCUGCUUGUCCCCUCCAAGCAGAGGGGUGACGUGUACGAGAAGCCCAUGGCAGCGCUGGACAGGCUACAGGACAAGCACAAGGAGGCGUACCGGCGCAUGCUGGAGCAGCUGCUCCUGGUGGAGAAGUGUCAUCGCCGCACCCUGCACGAGCUGGACACGGAGAAGAGGAAGCACGCCGACUACAUGAACAAGAGCGACGACUUCACCAACCUACUGGAGCAGGAGAGGGAGAGAUUGAAGAAAUUGCUGGAGACAGAGAAAGCAUACCAAGUUCGCAAGGAUAAGGAGAACACAAAACGGCUGGAGAAAGUCAGAGAUGAGCUGGUGAAACUGAAAUCCUUUGCCCUCAUGCUGGUGGAUGAACGACAGCUCCACCUCGAGCAGAUCGACCAGCAAAACCAGAAAGCCAAGGAGCUCACAGAAAACCUCCAGGAGAAAGAGUCGAAGCUGAACGAGGCCGGCAACCUCGCCAAGGAGGAGAGCCAGAAAGUCCUGACGCUCGAAGCGGCGCUCGAGAGCAAGUCGACGCAGUUCGCCAAAGAGCAUGAGGACAUGACCGCCAAACUGACGAGUCAGGAGUCCCAAAACAAACAGCUCCGGCAAAAGGUAGCCGGGCUGACGUCGCAGAUCCAGGCUCUCGAGGAGGCCAACGGGGCGCUGCAGAGGUCGGCGGAGGAGCUGCAGGAGCUGAGGGACAAGAUCAGCCAGGGAGAGUAUGGGAACUCGAACCUCAUGGCGGAGCUCGAGAAGUUGCGCAAGCGAGUGCUGGAGAUGGAGGGCAAAGACGAGGAGAUCACCAAGACGGAAACGCACUGUAGGGAGCUGCAGAACAAACUGCUGGAGGAGGAGAGCCAGGGGAAAGAGCUGAAACUGGAAGUGGAGAGACUCCAGGGCCGGAUGUCGGAGCUGGAUAAACUGGAGGAUUCUUUCAAUUUGAGCCGAACGGACUGUGCGCAACUGCAGUCUGCUUUGGAAAAAGAGAGAGGGCAGUCGAAAGAGCUGGCGGAUGAGCUAGUGUUACUGAAGAUCCGGGUGAAGGAACUGGAGUCGAGUGAGCUGAGGCUGGAAAAAGCUGAACUGCUCCUGAAGGAUGACCUUAUGAAGCUGAAGUCUGUCACUGUUGUAAUGUUCAAUGAACGCAAGAACUUGACAGAAAGAAUAAGAUAUGAAGAAAAGAAAAGGGAGGAGUUGAGUAUAAUGUUUAAGGCUGAGCAAGAGAAAGUGAUGGAGGUCACAGAGAGGCUAAUUGAGGAGAGCAAAAAGCUGUUGAAGUUCAAAUCCGAAAUGGAAGCCAAACUGACCUCCCUUACAAGAGAGAGGGACGAGCUGGUGUUUAAGCUAGGUACUGAGGAGGAGAGGAACAAGGAGCUCAGCACAAAAGUGUGUAUAUUGAAACAAAAAAUUGGUGGUCUGGAGGGGGUUGAAAAAGAAUCUGCCAAGUACAUGCUGAAGCAGGAAUCUGGAAGACUUUCAGAGGAACGUGGGCAGGAUGAGGCUAAAAUAAAAGAACUGAAUACGGAAAUUGAGAGGCUGAAAAACCGCCUGAAGCAGCUGGAAGUGGUGGAGGGAGACCUCAUCAAAACUGAGGACGAGUACGACAUGUUAGAAAAGAGGUUCAAGACGGAGCAGGACAAGGCCAACACACUCUUCCUGCAAGUGGAGGAGAUGAAGAGUCAAAUCGCAUUCAACAAAGCAAUAGAAAGAGGCGAGGCCGUGAUCCAGGAGGCCGAAUUGCGUCAGCGAUGCAUGGCAGAGGAGGCAAAGACAAGGGACUUGGAAUUGGACGUACUUGCCCUCAAGGAGAAGAUCCACGAGCUCAUGAACAAGGAGGACCUGCUGUCACAGCUGCAGGUUGACUACAGCGUCCUCCAGCAACGCUUCCUCGAGGAGGAGGACAAGAAGAAGAGCAUAAGCAACGAGGUUCUCAACCUCACCAAAGAGCUGGAGGUCACCAAGCGGUACAGCCGGGCCCUCAGGCCGAGCACCAACGGUCGGAGGAUGGUGGACGUCCCCAUGACCUCUACCGCCGUGCAGACUGACCCUGCGACCAAUGAGACGACCGAGGAGGACACGCCUGCGGUGUUCAUCAAGAAGUCUGUACAAGAGGAAAACCACGUCAUGAGCAACCUUCGACAGCGGUGCCUCAAAAAGUCGACCGAGAGAACGACCGUGGAGCGCUACCCCAGCGAUAUGAGGAAGUCCUGGAUUCCCUGGAUGAGGAAAAAGGACAACAGCCAUAAUGGGUCCGAGAAGCCCAUGCAAGUGAAUGGGGAGUGCUCGCCAGCGGAACUCAGCCUGACACAGAAGCAGGGACAACCUUUACACAUCAGGGUGACUCCAGACCAUCAGAACAGCCAAGCAACCCUCGAAAUCAGCAGCCCGAGUACCUCGGACAUCUACUCCACCACAACAGUGAUCCCCAAUACCCCGGGCCUUCAGAAGCCCCGCAUAACAAUCAUUCCUACUCCCAGCCUCACUCCUACCAAGAACAGAACCAUAGACAGCCCGCGGGUUUUGGAGAGGGCCAAGUCGCCAGUCACCAUCACAACAAUCUCUCGGGCAAAAUCCCCAGAAAUCAGGAUCCCCGUCUCUGACAGAUCCCUGUCUCCUGUUUCCAUCAUGUCGGUCAGCACGUCCUCCCUCUCUGACAUGUCCAGCUCCCCGGAGCCGCACGAGAUGAUAACAGGCAGAGCCGUUUUCAAGGUCACUCCCGAAAAGCAAAUGGUGCCUGCUCCGAUCAAGAAGUUUGGCAGCUCUAACGCGAACAUCGUCACCACAGAGGACAACAAAAUCCACAUUCACUUGGGCUCCCAGUUUAAAAGGCCGCUUGAGAGUAACAGUAGCAGCAGCAGCAGCCUGAUGGUGGGGGGCAUCAGACCACCUGCUGAGGCCGCUGAUAGCAAGGAGAUGUCGACCGGGACAGUGCUGCGCUCUCCACGCCAAAGCUGCUUAAGUCCCACCAAACCCUCAGCCAACAAAGUGACAAGCAGCAUCACAAUCACCCCAGUGUGUAGCAACGCUCCUCCGGCAAGACCUACACUAACUGUGCAAGCACCACAAGACAUGUUGUCACCUAAGUCUGGUGCGAGUCGGAUCCCCAUGUCACGUGGCAUGAAGACAGGGAAGGCCGUGUUGGGUGCCCUCGGCAUCUCCAGCACGAUGAAGAUGGAGGCACGCGCGGAUGGCCAGUCCAUGAGGAUCGAGUUGAAGAAAUCUACUCUCAGUGGUGCAUCCUUCCUGAGUGGAGGAAAGAGUUAAAUGAGAGUGAACAUUUCGCAAUCACAAUCUAAUAACCCUGCUUUUCAGGGAGUUUCAGCAGCUCAAACUGUGAAUCUUCUUCAAAGACCAUGUUCCUUUAAUCAGGUAAAAGCUUUGAGUGUUUUGGCCCCCCACCCCCCAACAUUGAGUGUACACGACUGACACAAUAUGUCAGUACACUGGUGCUGUAGGUUUUUGUCCUGAAAGCCUUAGUACAAACAUUGUUCAUGUGUUUUGAUUAGCGCCUUACUGCAGUCAACAUACUGUACUGGUAGACCAUGUAAGACAGCGAGAUAUCUAUGUUUAGGAUCAGCUUGGGAUCUUUUAUAGCAUUAAUUACCAUAACUGAGUGAACAAAGGUGAGAUUUCCGGCUGGGACAUGCUGCUAUAUGACUAAAACAAGUGCAUUUCUGAAUUCAUAACCAUCUCACCAAGUGGGACUUUGUGAUACUACUUUUAUGUUAAUUCAUUAUAACUAUUGAUGUAUCUACUAUGAAGUAGCACAUGUGUUUUUUAUUGUUUAUUGAAUAAAGUCAUUUUUGAAGUAA